AUGUGGCACACACUAGUGGAAGAGCAAAACCAACACUUCAUCCGCAUACGCGAAUUGCUCGGUGAAGAUCAACCCAAUAUGGAUAUUGAAGCUGAUGACCAGCAAGCCAAGCAAGAGCGCCUGAGAACGAGAUGGACUCCCGAUCUUGAUAGGAUUUUUGCAGACAUAGUUGUGGAGCAAAUUCGGCAAGGGAACAGGUCCAACAAUGUAUUUGACAAGAAAACUUGGAGCCAGAUACGUGAGGCAUUCAGUAGACAGACGAACCUUAAUUUCAACAAUAAUCAAUUGAGGAAGCAUCUCGAUGUUCUUCGGACACGGUAUCACAACUUGCAGUCCUCCUUUAACCAUAAUAAUGAUGCGAUUCAGGACAAUUGCUUUAUGGGAUUUGAUCUAUGGGAAGACAUUGGGGCAACAUCUAAGAUCGAGCCAGCAAAGACCAAGGACUGUCCAAUUUACAGUCAAUUGUGCAUCAUAUUCGCAGACUCGGGGGUUGAUGGAAAAUAUGCGCAAUCAAGCCAUUAUGAGGAGCUGAACAAGUCUGGAGGUCUCUUCCCUUCAUGCCUAGAAGGAGUUUCAAGCCCACAACUCCCCAUGACCCCAUCCACAUCAAAAUUACCAGAAGAGAACGGAUUUUCACCCGGAAACAACAUCAGCAAGAACACGGCUGGAAAUAAGAAGCGAAAGUGCUCUUCAGAAGCCGGCCCGCCGCCCGAACAAACAAAUUGGAAUCAAGAAUUAAGCGACUCGAUGGCGGAAGCCCUUUCGUUUAUGAUAAAGAAUUCCUCGAAUUUGCGAAAAUCGAUGAAUCCUAUGGUCGACGAGAGAUUUUCUAUCAGCAGCUGCAUGAAAGUGCUGGACGAGAUCCAAGGUAUCGAGGACGGACUUUAUUACGCUGCUUUGGAUCUUUUUGAAAAUCCCAGUCACAGGGAGACGUUUGUUUCGCUCAAAAACAAUGAUGUUCGGCUAAAAUGGUUGGAAGGAAAGUGCGGCAGCUUGCCACAUGUAUCGGGUCUGCACGAGUUUUAA